AUGGUUGAAUUAACUUUUGAAGGUGAAGUGAGUGCGCUUUGCGAAAAACAACAAGAUUUUAUUAAGAAUGUUUUAAAAGAACUCGGUAUUAUUGGUGGGAAAGUUAAAAUAGAAGCUGUUGGAAAACCGGGUGACAACUAUAUUGCUGACGUGAAAAGAAUUAUCGUCGAGAAAAAUGGCGAAUUGCUAAAAAUGAUUGCAAAAAUAGCUCCCAACCAGGAAGAAGUUCGACAAUCCAUGAAUACAGCAGUAUGUUUUUCAAAUGAAAAUAUCAUGUACUCUGAAGUACUACCAAAAUUUACUCAAUUGGAAAAGGAUGCUAACAUUCCAAUCGAAGAAAGACUCAAAUACGCUAAAUUUUACGGAAGCUUUAUGGAAGAACCCCUUGAAAUCAUUCUUAUUGAAGAUUUAUCAGAAUCAGAUUUCGUAAUGCUUAACAGAUUUAAUUCGCUAAAAGAUGACAGUAUUAAACUUGUCCUUAAAAACUUUGCAAAAUUGCAUGCUGCAUCGUACGCGUUAAAGAAUUUGGAACCAGAAACGUUUGAAUGCUUUUCUAAUAAGCUACUUAAUUUGUGGGAGCUAGUUGGUAAUACCCCCGAAAGGGAUCAAUUUGUAAAAGAACUGGUUACAGAUGUAAUAAAUUUAAUGGAUGAAGAGAAAUAUUAUAAAAUAGUUGAUCAAAUAAUGAACAAUGUUAUGGAAGAAUCAGGAUCUGUGUCAAAAGCUGAUAGAGGCAACAGUUUUUAUGUAAUCCAACAAGGCGAUCCCUGGACAAACAAUAUUUUAUUCAAAUUGGAACAUGACAAAUCAAUAGAUUGCUGUAUGAUCGACUACCAAAUAUCGAAAGAGAGCAGUCCAGUAGCAGACAUUAUGUACUUGAUCUUCAACUGCACAAACUUCGACACAUGUUCCAAGCACUUUCAUGAUUGGAUAAACUAUUACCAUUCCGAGCUAGAAAUAUAUUUGAAUCACUACGGUCUGAAGAUAGACUCUACGUACUCAAGCGAUCAACUCGAAAAGGACCUUAGAAGAUACGCAAAUUUUGCUCUGGGACAGUCAAUAAUGAUGGCGUCGUUUUUAAUCCGAGAAAGUAAAGACGCAGGCACGUUCAACACAAAGGAUGACAAUAAAUCAAUGGAGGAAAAAAUUGAAAUCUUAUAG